AUGUUCGUAAAUGCUAUUUACUAUGGUAUAUCAAUACCUACUGGGACAGGAUCGUUAUACGAAUUCGAUGCUCGGAAUUUCGACAAAGUCAGGGGUUUUGACAAAGCUAAAACGUUUGCUAGAAUGAUGGUGUCUGAUCCAAAAUAUGAAAAGAAAUGGUUUCAUAAGAAAAAUAAUACGCUGUGCGAGGUGGGACAACUUAGAUUUAUUGAUAUUAAUGCUUGGAGCGCUGUUUCAAACGCCUGA